AAUACCAAAACCAAAUCCUCUUCUUCUUCUCUGUGUGUACGAUGGCAGUAGACAUGGUAAGCGCUUCAAGGUUUAGGAUGGAAGAACACAUGGCCAUAGAAGAAGCUGCUUCAGCUGGGUUAAAGAGCAUGGAGCAUCUCAUUCGAGUCCUUUCAUCUCAAACCCCUUCUUCUUACAAUCAUUCUUCUUCUACUCACAACAACCUUAACUGCUCCGAAAUCACUGACUUCACCGUCUCCAAGUUCAAACAGGUCAUCAAUCUAUUGAACCGAACCGGUCACGCUCGCUUUCGCCGCGCACCCGAACCCCAACCUGAACCCGAACCCGAACCCGAACCUCAACCCCAGACCAAGGGUAUGUCCCUAGAUUUCGCCAAACCCAACCUCAUAAACUCCAAGCCUAACAAAAAGGACGAAACUCUCACCAUCUCCACCACCACCUCCUCCUCCUUCAUGUCCUCCAUCACCGCCGAUGCCAGCGUCUCCGACGGCAAGAUAGGCCCGUUCCUCGCUCCUCCCAUCUCUGCCGGAAAACCCCCUCUCUCCUCCUCUCACCGGAAAAGGUGCCACGACGCUACCCUCUCCGGCAAAGUCCCCUCCUCCGGCCACUGUCAUUGCUCCAAGAGAAGGAAAUUACGUGUUAAACGAACGAUCCGUGUGCCGGCGAUAAGCUCGAAGAUCGCCGAUAUUCCAUCGGACGAGUACUCAUGGAGGAAGUACGGUCAAAAACCGAUCAAGGGUUCACCUUAUCCUCGUGGUUACUAUAAGUGCAGCACCGUGAGAGGGUGUCCGGCGAGGAAGCACGUGGAGCGAGCCCAAGACGAUCCCAAGAUGCUGAUCGUGACGUACGAGGGUGAGCACCGUCACCCGCAACCGCAAACCGCCGUUACAGGCGGAAUCGGUCUCAGCUUCCUGUCUAGCUGAAUCAAGCGACGGCGCCGUUUGGAAAAAAAACUUCAGGAUCCUCAACGACGGCACCGUUAUCGUGACGGUAACGGCGGCUGCGACGUGUAGAGAGAAACGUCAAAACCAAAGUACUGAAGAGAGAGAGAAAAUGGAGAGUGGAAGUCAACUUUUGCGUUGUAGCCUUUGACGGAGUCGUCUGAAAAGUUGAUGAGGACUUAUGUGUAAAUUUGACCCAUGACUGAUGUAGAUCUCAAAAUGAAAUACAGUUUUUU